AUGGAGUGUGAUAAUUGUUUAGUACAAGUUGAAGAUAGUUAUGAUAAAAUAAACAAACCAACUCAAGGGUCAACUGUACCAGUGGCGAUAUCGAAAAAAACAAAAAGCAAUGCACAGAAAUGCAAAGAAUAUCGUGAGAAAAAAAAAUUAAACACACCAAAAGAAAAGAAACCACCUAAAAGCAGGGCACAAAUAAACAAAAACUAUUAUGAGAAGUACAAAAUGUCAAAUAGCACAAGUCGUAGAGAAUACAUGAAAGAAUAUAGACAGAAGAAAAAAAUAGAAAAACAAAUUCAACAAAUUCUUCAAUUAAAACAAAUUCAACAACAACAAAGUGAUUAUCAAUUUCAGCCUUCAACGAGUCCCACAACAUCACAGCAAAACGAUAUGCGGAAAGAAAGAAAAAGUCCCUUACCCGAGGCUAAAACCAUAAUCGCCAAUGUGUACGACUUCUUCCAAGCCGAGUACGAGAACUUAAAGUGUUACACCGGAGACAGUUGUGACUUCAGCCCUUUAGUUAACAUCAUCAAGCGUACUGCUGCAGCCACGAAGGUCAGUGCAGAGACCGUAAAAGAGAUAUUAAAGGAAAGAAGCUCAGAACAGUAUACGCAUGAGUCUGUUUCAAGGAAACUCGCCAGAGUGACUCACAACUUUGAGGACGAAGAUGUAAGUCCGAUCGAAGAAGAGUCGAGUCCUGAAAGCGCAGAUGAUGCUCAACAUGGCGACAGAGAAAGUGCCAUUGACAUAGAAGAACAUCCAAUAAAAGCGUUAAAAGUGGAAAUUGAUGUAAAUGAAGAAUACCACAGCGAAGCCAAUCCCGGCAUUUUGUUUCAAAUACAACCUCCACCAACACAGCAGCUAUCUGCCAUUCAUCAGUCACUACCACCAACGGCUCUAGCACACGUCACGGUCAAGCAAGAGCCUGUAGAUGACGAAGAUCAUGAGCAAUUGGAUGCUGGUGACGCUGUAAAGGACACAACCAGUUUUGACGUUCCUAUUUGCGGGCAGCUGUCUGCCAUUCAUCAGUCACUACCCCCAACGGCUCCAGCACACGUCACGGUUAAACAAGAGCCUGUAGAUGACGAAGAUCAUGAGCAGCUGUCUGCCAUUCAUCAGUCAUUACCGCUAACGGCUCCAGCACACGUCACGGUUAAACAAGAGCCUGUACAUGACGAAGAUCAUGAGUUACACUCAGUGAUCGGAAAAAAUACGGAUGAUUCUCACGAAGAACGAAAAAGACAGAUAAAUGACUCAUCAGAUAAAAACAUAGAAGUAAGAAAUCUUAAAAACAGAGAAAAAUGUAGGCGAUACAGAGAAAGGAAAAAGAAUAAGGUAGCUGCUCUGCCCAUCAGUGGCUCUCCUGAUUCCGAUGAGAAAAAAAGAGAAGAAGAAAGAAAACAAAGAAAUAGAGAAAAGAGUAAGCGAUGCAGAGAAAAGAAAAAGACCGAGGUCGGUGCUCUUCCCAUCAGUGGCUCUUCUGAUCUCGAUGAGAAAAAAAGAGAAGAAAGAAAACAAAAAAACAGAGAAAAGACUAGGCGAUACAGAGAAAAGAAAAAGAACGAGAUUGAGAAGGAUUUUUUGUGA